UCCCCUCUCGCUCUUCUUUUAGGCUUUUUCAGUUGUUCAGUGGUUUUCACGCGCUUCUUCUCUCUUUCUCCGAUAGUACGUCCCCUUCUUUACCCCAAACCUCCAUUUCUCUUCCAUUGCUGCUAGGGUUUCCAAUUUUUGCCGGUUUCCGUAUUGGCUUUUUUGUGAAUUCGUAAUUGGAGCUAUUGCUGAUGAAAUCUAGGGUUUAUGGCUGAGAGUAGACUAUACAUUCCCAAUCAACCAUUAGACCUUGACAGGAUACUGAUAGAAGCGCAAUAUCGUUGGCUUCGGCCAAGUGAAAUUUGUGAAAUACUUCGCAAUCAUCACAGGUUUCAAUUAAAGCCAGAUCCACCUGUCCAGCCUCCAGCGGGUUCUUUGUUUCUCUUUGAUCGAAAAGUUAUCCGGUAUUUUCGUAAAGAUGGUUAUAGGUGGAGGAAGAAGAAAGAUGGAAAAACUGUCAAAGAAGCUCAUGAAAAGUUGAAGGCUAACAGUGUGGACGUUCUCCAUUGUUACUAUGCACAUGGAGAGGAUAACGAGAGCUUUCAACGACGUAGUUACUGGAUGCUUGAUGCGCGCUUAGAGCACAUUGUUCUUGUACAUUACAGAGAAGUGAAAGAGGGGUACAAGUCAGGCAUCUCUCGCUUAAUAGCAGAUCCAGGAUCACAAGCUGGAAGCCCUCAAAGUAGUCCUGUACCAUGGUCUGCACAGGCAAAUUCACCUGCUCCGACAGUUCAGACGUCCUAUGCAUCAAGUGCAAACAGAGUCGAUAGAAAUGGACUAACGUUGUCAUCAGAAUUUGAGGAUGUGGAUUCUGGGAGUGAUCCACGAGCAUCUUCUCUCACUCAACCUCUUUUUGGUUCUUUCUUGCAUAAAACCUCUUUGCUUGAACAUAAAGUUGCAGGAUUUCCGGACUUGUCGAGGAGCCCCCCUGCUUCAUGGGUGGCUGGAACUAAAUAUCAUCAAGGUUCUGGAUUAUCUAACUGUGCUGAAACCAACAGCUCGAGCAACUCGAAUGGUGUGCAUGACCAGAAGCUUUUCACUGAACAUCCUAGGGGAGCUGACUUUCUAACACAUAAGUUAACAGAUGCUAGAUUGGAUGCUAAUAGCUCUGUCCAGGAUGUAACUAAGGGAGAUAGAUUGAUCGCUGAAGGCAACCAGACAUAUAUGGGAGCUUCUCUCGAGAUAGUUCAGGUGCAGCGUGAGCCUGGUUUCAUUUCAGAUCAUCCUCAAUUUCAAAGUUGUUCGGAUCCACAUAUAGAAGUCAAGUCUACCUUUCAUGCUGAAAAGAAAUCCAAAGAUGGUGUAAAUAACAAUGAAGCUGGUGAGCUGAAGAAACUUGACAGCUUUGGGAGAUGGAUGGAUAAAGAAAUUGGUGGAGAUUGUGAUGAUUCCUUGAUGGCUUCGGACUCUGGGAACUACUGGAAUACACUUGAUGCUGAUAAUGAUGACAAGGAAGUAUCCAGCUUAUCACAUCAUAUGCAUUUAGAUACUGAUAUGCUGGGCCCUUCCCUUGCCCAAGAACAGCUAUUUACUAUCCAGGAUUUUUCACCAGAUUGGACUUAUUCUGGGGAUACAACAGUGGAUACUGCAAAGGAUUCAUCAAAGGUUUUAAUCGUUGGUACAUUUUUGGUAAGCAAGGAGAUAUCUAGCAAGAUUAAGUGGGGAUGUAUGUUUGGUGAGAUUGAGGUUUCUGCUGAAGUUCUGACUGAUACUGUCAUCAGAUGUCAUACACCUCAACAUGCUCCCGGGCGUGUUCCAUUCUAUAUCACCCGCAGUGAUAGGUUAGCCUGCAGUGAGGUGAGGGAGUUUGAGUAUCGUGAAAAGCCAUCAGGAAUUGGGUUUCAUAUGGCAGUGAAAAGUGCUUCAGAAGAUGAAGUACGUUUUCAGAUGCGCCUGGUGAAACUUUUAAAUCUAGGCAGGGUGAGGAAUAGAUUCAAUUGCUCAAAUCAGGAUUGUGAUAAAUGUAAGCUUAAGAGUACAAUAUAUUCAAUGAAAAGUGAAAGUGGAAAUGAUUUGGGAAGGGUUGAAGAGACUUCUAUGACCUUCAAUAGUAAUCACAUGAUCCCUAGAGAUAGAUUGAUACAAUGUCUGUUGAAGGAUAGUCUUUCUGAGUGGCUAAUUUUGAAAGUACAUGAAGGAGGUAAAGGACCACAUGUCUUGGACUAUGAAGGCCAAGGAGUUAUACAUUUGGCAGCUGCUCUUGGUUAUGAAUGGGCCAUGGGGCCCAUAGUUUCUGUUGGUGUCAGUCCCAAUUUCAGAGAUGCGCAUGGAAGAACUGGGCUUCACUGGGCUUCGUAUUUUGGGAGAGAGGAAGCAGUCAUUGCACUUCUUAGACUGGGUGCUGCACCAGGCGCUGUUGAGGACCCAACACCAGAAUCUCCUGGAGGAAAAACAGCUGCUGAUCUGGCAUCUAGCAGAGGACAUAAAGGGAUUGCUGGAUACCUGGCAGAAGCAGAUCUAACCAGUCACCUUUCUUCACUGACUGUCAAUGAAAAUGUAAUGGACACUGUUGCUGCAAGUAUUGCAGCUGAAAAGGCUAUUGAAAAUGCCGCACAAGUUGUCCCAUUGGAUGUGGCAGAAAAGGAGAACCUUUCUCUGAGAGAAUCUCUUGCUGCUGUUAGGAAGUCAGCUCAUGCAGCUGCUCUAAUACAAGCUGCAUUCCGUGCUCGUUCAUUCAAUCAUAGACAAUCAUCUAAGAACUUCAAUGAUAUUUCUGAAGCCACACUUGACCUAGUUGCACUUGGCUCUUUGAACAAAGUCCGGAAAUUGGGCCACUUUGAGGAAUAUUUGCAUUCUGCAGCUGUCAAGAUCCAGCAAAGAUAUCGUGGUUGGAAGGGAAGAAAAGAGUUCUUGAAGAUACGCACCCGCAUAGUGAAAAUUCAGGCUCAUGUGAGGGGACAUCAGGUUCGAAAGCAGUAUAAAAGGGUUGUUUGGUCUGUUAGUAUCGUCGAAAAGGCAAUACUGCGUUGGAGGCGGAAAGGAUCUGGUUUGCGUGGAUUUCGAGUGGAUAAAGUGAUGGGAGAUGUGGCAUCAGAAACUGAGAAAACUGAUGAGUAUGAAUUCUUGCGAAUUGGCCGGAAACAAAAAUUUGCUGGAGUUGAAAAGGCUCUAGCAAGAGUCAGGUCCAUGGUUCGUUAUCCAGAAGCACGUGAUCAGUAUAUGAGGCUAGUUACCAAGUUUGGUAAUCUAAAGAUGGGUGAUGAAGGGAGCAGUGUAAUGCUUCAAGCUGAAACUUCACAAAAGAGCAGAACAGAGGAAGAUUUGCCUGCAUUCUCAAAGGAGCCUGCACGUACAUCAGAUCAGUGAUCUACUUCUCUGUGCCAAAUAGCGAGUAGAAUUAAACUGUCUGAGCAGGUACUGGUCAUACUAUUUUUUACCUGUAAGUAGUGUCUUAACAUAUUUUACUCGUACUCUGGUGGAGAAAGAGGAGUGCAAGGUGGAAGGUUGUAAAUAUAUUUUUCCCCUUUAUCUCUCUUUUCCUUUUUUCUCUUCCUUGCAACCGGUGGUAAAAUUUUACCUGGAAUAGGGUUUAGGAAGGGGACGACUCUUAAUGGGAACAUGGGAAUGGUUGAAAUUGAUGCAUAUGUUAUGCAAGGUCGAAAAUGGUGUUGUUGCUGAUUUAUACUCGUACUUCGGCCGGUAUAUAUGUAGUUGAACCGUUAUUAUGAGAUCAAAUUUGAUUUAAUUCUUUUGAUACUGCCA